GUCAACGUCGACGCAAGCAAGGAGCAACUGUCUGCAUAAAUAACCGAUGCUGCGGCGACGCAAGGCAGAAUGCUGUUCUUCGUGUUUAGCGAUUUAUAGCGGCACUACAUCGUCACUUCUGCGCAAAAUCGGCAUCGUGAAGAUGGCGCCUGUGGUACUGGGCUACACCAACACGCGAGGUCUGGCCCAGAGCAUCCGCAACCUGCUCGUCUACAAAGGCGUUCCGUUCGAGGAGAAGCAGUACAAGCUGGGGCCAGCGCCCGGCUACGAGAAAGCCGGCUGGGCCUCGGAGAAGUUCAGCUUGGGCCUCCAGUUCCCCAACCUGCCCUACUACUCUGACGGCGACGUGAACAUCACGCAGAGCGUCGCCAUCCUACGACACCUGGGAAGGAAGCACGACCUCAAUGCCAAGUCCGCCGAGGAGGUGACUCAGCUUGACCUACUGGAGCAGCAGGCCAAUGACCUGAUCUGGGGCUUGGUGAUGGCCGCCUUGACUCCGACCGGAAGCGAGGUCCGUCGCCAGCACGAGGCUAACCUAACGCUCGCACUCAGGGGCUGGGAGGAUCAUCUCAAGAAGCGCAAGUGGGCACUCGGCGACCGGCUCACCUACGUGGACUUCUUGCUCUACGAGGGCCUCGCCUGGAACUUCGAGUACAAGCCUGAGGUCUACGCAGACUACCCUUCCGUCAAGCGGUACAUGCAGAACUUCGAAGCGCUGCCCAAAAUGAAGGAGUACUUCGCCUCUCCGAGCUACAUCAAGUGGCCCAUAAUGGGACCCAGCUGCCAGUGGGGCUUCAAGAAGUGAACUCCGCGGGCAUCUUCUGCAGCUGGUCAGGCAGCGUAUGCCGCUGCAUUGCUGUAACAGCCAAUAAAGUAAAUCUGCGUUGUGUC